UGUCAUAUGAUUUGAUGUCAGUCUGCAACAUGGCGGCCAGGUCCCGGUGUUUAGCGGUGGCUCUGUUGUUUAUCUUCAGCGGGGCUUUUGGUUUACCGAUAAACCAGCAGGAGAAAGAUCCAACCACCUGCGGAUACCAGUCAUGUCACUCCACCAAAGCCAACAUGCUGAAUGUUCACCUGGUUCCUCACACACAUGACGAUGUUGGCUGGCUCAAGACUGUGGACCAGUACUUCUAUGGAGACCGUAAUGACAUCCAGCACGCUGGGGUUCAGUACAUCCUGGACUCGGUGGUGGAUCAGCUGUUGAAGAAUCCCGACAGGAGGUUCAUCUACGUCGAGACGGCCUUCUUCUACCGCUGGUGGAAGCAGCAGAGCUCCAGCACGCAGCAGACGGUCAGGCAGCUGGUCGACGAAGGCCGGCUGGAGUUUGUGAACGGCGGCUGGUGUAUGAGCGACGAGGCCACCACCCACUACAGCGCCGUCAUCGACCAGAUGACCUUAGGCCUGAGGUUCCUCAAUGAGACUUUCGGAGUGUGUGGUCGUCCUCGUGUUGCCUGGCACAUCGACCCCUUUGGCCACGCUCGUGAACACGCCUCCAUGUUUGCACAGAUGGGAUAUGACGGCCUCUUCUUCGGCCGUGUGGACUACCAGGACCGAGGUCGCAGGAUGGCUGAGAAGGAGCAGGAGCUUCUGUGGCGAGCCUCCGAAAGCCUCACGCCACCGAUGGCCGACCUCUUCACUGGAAUCCUUCCCAAUGGCUACAACCCUCCUGAGGGGUUCUGUUGGGACCAGCUCUGCAGCGACGCACCAAUCAGAGACGAUCCAGAUCUAGAUGACUAUAAUGUGGACGAUGUGGUGCAGCGCUUUCUUCAUGCUGCCAACAGUCAGGCAAUGGUGUAUAAAACCAACCACAUCAUCAUGACCAUGGGCUCAGACUUCCAAUAUGAGAAUGCCAUCCUGUGGUACAAGAACCUGGACAAGCUGAUCCACUACGUCAACGCUCAGCAGGCAAACGGGAGCAUGGUGAACGUGCUGUACUCUACUCCAUCCUGCUACCUCCAAGAGCUGCACCGAGCCAACCUCACCUGGCCUUUGAAGGAAGAUGAUUUCUUCCCCUACGCAGACGACGCUCACAACUUCUGGACCGGCUACUUCACAAGCCGCCCGGCUCUGAAGCGUUACGAGAGGAUAACGAACAGCAACCUUCAGACAUGUAACCAACUGGAGGUGCUUGCUGGUCCAGCUUCCAGGAAGGGACCUUUUGGAAAGGGGGACAGCGAGACUUUGAGGAAAGCCAUGGCUGUAGCCCAGCACCAUGAUGCUGUGUCUGGUACAGAGAAACAACAUGUUGCCAACAACUACGCCAAGAUGUUAGCCAAUGGCUGGCAACAUUGUCAGGUGUUGGUCAGUAACAGUCUGGCUUCGCUCAGUGGCUCCUCAGCUGAAAGAAUCUACUGCGACAACCUCAACAUCAGCGUGUGUCCUCUCACAGAGUCCAGCAAAAAGUUCUCAGUCAGUGUGUACAACUCCCUCGCUCAGCCRCUCAGCUGGCCCAUCAGGCUGCCAGUCAAUGGAACAGCGUACAGAGUAGCAGAUGCUAAAGGCAAACCUGUGGACUCUCAGGUGGUCCCAGUGUCCAGAUCCACCCAGGAAGUGAGGCGGAAUCGCGGCUUCGCCAUGAACGAGCUGGUGUUCCAGGUUCAAGCUCCUCCUCUGGGCUACAGCACGUACUUCGUGUCUGCGAUUCAGGAUGCCCCCCCAUUAUUUCCCCCACGAAGCGGUGCCCCCACAGGGAUCCAAAACAAGUACCUGAAAGUGACCUUUGACCCCGACACCGGCCUCCUAAGCAGCCUCAGCAACCUGGAAACCAAACAGACCAUCAAACUGACCCAGAACUUCUACUGGUAUAACGCCAGCGUUGGCAACAGUGAGAGCUCUCAGACGUCCGGUGCCUACAUUUUCAGACCCAACUCCUCCACACCCAUCGUCAUCAGCAAGGUGGCCAAGGUGCAGAGCUUGCAGACGUCAGUGGUGCAGGAGGUCAGGCAGUGGUUUUCUCCCUGGGUGUCUCAGGUGGUUCGUCUCUACGCUGACAGCAAAGCUCUGGAGCUGGAGUGGACCGUCGGACCUCUGCCUGUAUUGGACAAGCGAGGGAAAGAAGUGAUCACUCGCCUGGACACCGACAUUAAAACCUCUGAGAUUUUCUACACAGACUCCAACGGCAGAGAAAUGCUGCAGAGGAGGAAGGACUUCCGACCAACCUGGCAGCUGAAGCAGACCGAGCCCAUUGCUGGAAACUACUACCCUAUCAACUCUCGUGCAUUUCUAAAGGAUGACAUGAACCAACUCACAGUGGUGACGGAUCGUUCACAAGGAGGAAGCAGCCUACAGAAUGGUUCUCUGGAGAUCAUGCUCCAUCGCCGGCUGCUGUAUGAUGACUACCGUGGUGUUGGUGAGCCUCUUAAUGAGGCUUCUGAAAUUUUCCCGGAGGGGUUGGUGGUCCGCGGUCGCCUCCUCCUGUCUCUCGACCAUCCAGCCAGCGCUGCAGACACACACCGGCCCCUGGCCCAGCAGGUCGUUUUCCAGCCGCUGUUGACGUUUACUGAUGGAGAUCUGAGUCCAAAUGCUCGACUGGAGUUCUCUGGCCUUCAGGCUGCGCUGCCCCCUGCUGUUCACCUCCUGACAUUCAGUCAGUGGGAUGAAGAGUCGGUCCUGCUGAGACUGGAGCAUCAGUUCCAGAGUUGGGAAAGUAAAGUGAACUCGCAUCCCGUCACCAUCAACCUCCAGAAGUUGUUUUCUACUCUGGAUGUUCUGGGUGUUUCUGAGUUGAACCUAUCGGCCAAUCAGUGGAAAGAUGAGAUGAAGCAUUUCAGCUGGGCUCCUCAGAAAGAAGAGACGCCCAUGCUGAAGCAGUUUGAAGACCCCUCUGUGUGGGAGGUGACCUUAAGGCCAAUGGAGAUCCGAACUUUCCUCCUCAGAGUCAGCCGUAAAUAACCAACCACCUGCUUCAAGUUACAGUCUUGGUUAGCAACCGAAGACUGAAACACCACCUAUGCAAACCUGAACAAUGUUUAAAUUUUUUUAAGGUGUUUAUAUACUGCUGAACAAGCAUAGGAAUUUUAAGAGAUGCUCGUUUUUAAAAAAGUCAUUUUGAUUUAAAGCCACUGUAGUCUGCUGUGUUGAUUUAUGCUCUUUAAAUGACUUCUCAGACCCUGAAAGGAUUUGUUUUUACUUUGGGGUCCCACAGAGCAAAAAGUAACACUACUCUCUAGUACCUUUUGAUGUAGGAUAAAGAGUAAAUAUUUAAUGGCUUCUGGCUCUCUGUGGCUUUUAGUCCAUAAUUAUCACAUCUCUAUAUUAUUUUAGCCUGUAUGAAAUUAACAAAAUGAUUUGCYAAUUUUUUAGCAAAAAGCUAUUAUUUUAAGAGCAGAUAGCUUUUACUUAACUCACACUUUUUUGUGUUAAUAUAAUGAAAACUGAUCUGCUCUGGGUUAUAUCACCAGAAUCUCAUGCUGGAUCCUAACUAAGGCCUGUAGGAAGAAAUUAGUUGGGUCUUUAUGUUGACAUUACCAGUGAAUAUCUGCAUUUUAAUGAAGGCAAAUUUCAGCACAAGAUACUAGAAGCCACUGAACUGACUGGUAAACUUUUACUGAAUAAAACGUUCGGUCGGGUGAAAGGAGGAGGGGGGGGGAUUGGACCAUGUUAAAUCUCACGCUUAUUGAUCCCCCACCCGCUACAUUAUGAAACACCCACACCAUUGCACACUUGUUACCAUUUUAAAGGUAUUCCUGUCUCUACAGCUAAUAGAUAAAAUCUAUUUUUUUUACUUUAAUUGGUGCCAAUUUGUACAAUAAAUAUAUCUCUUGUAUAUUUGCUUUCAUGCAUUUGUAAACAAAUCUUUCAAAGAAUCUAAUAAAUUGGUCAUUCUUA